ACUCAGAUUAGAUAGAUCAUUGUGGUGCGGAACAGUCGUUUGCGAAGCAGUCUCGUAGCUCCGUGUGCGAAUCGAGAGAGUCGAGUGUUGCUUACGUCCGCUAGUGUGUUUUGUGAGCGUUAAAUACAGAAUGAUCGUCCUAAGAACUCCUCUGUGGAACCAUUGGCUAAGGGCUAGCGUAGUUCCGGGUACGUCCGCAUCGGCCCGACUGCUCAGUGCUCAGGCAGCUGUUGAUCCCGUCGAUCCGGAAUGGGCGAACGCGAAACCGUACAAGGAGAUACCCUCUCCAAGUAUUAUGCAGUUUAUGAAAGGGUUCGGCAAGAAUGGCCGUUACGCUAAUGUCGAUCUGGUGGAGAUGCAUUCACGCAUGUGGGAAGAUUUUGGCGAUAUUGUGAGGUUUCGCGGUAUGUUCGGCAAGAACGAUAUCAUCAUGACGUACAGUCCGCCCGACAUUGAGAAGGUGUUCCGCAACGAGGGACAGUGGCCGAUACGCCGUGGGUUCGAUAGCUUCGCUUACUACCGACAGCAUAUACGACCGGACGUAUUCAGCGAGACGGGUGGCCUGGUCACUGAACACGGUGAGAAAUGGCAAAAAGUGCGCACGAUCGUCAACCCGGUAAUGAUGCAACCGAAAAUUAUUAAGCUAUACAUCGAUCAGGUGGAUGAAAUUGCACGAGAGUUUAUGACACUUGUGGCUGAGAUGAGAGAUUCGAAAAAUGAGCUCCCGAAAGAUUUCGACCAGUGGCUCAACCGGUGGGCACUCGAAACGAUGGGUGUGCUUGCACUGGACACGAGAUUUGGAGUGCUGAAAUCGGACCAGUCGCAGGAAGCGCGGCAGAUCAUUGGAUUGGUGAGAGACAUCUUCGAGCUAACGUUCCAUCUGGAUGUGGAAAUGUCGGUGUGGAAGUACUUCAGCACGCCCUCCUACAGGAAGCUGAUGCGUGUGUUCGAUGAUCUGACCAACGUGAUCAUGGCAAAGAUCGACGAGGCAAAGGAGCGACUUGAAAAGCAACCCUCAAACUCGGCCAAUCAAAGUGUGCUGGAGAAGCUUCUGAAGAUCAACAAGCACGUCGCAGCGAUUAUGUCUCUGGACAUGCUUAUGGCAGGAAUUGAUACGACUUCUUCCGGAUCGAUAGGAAUACUGUACUGCUUGGCGAAGAACCCGGAGAAGCAGGCAAAGCUGCGUGAUGAGCUCCGUACCAUCUUGCCCAACAAGGACUCACCACUGACCGCUGAGAACAUGCACAAUCUGCCGUACCUGAGGGCCUGCAUCAAGGAAGGACUUCGACUGUAUCAACCGGUUGCAGGGAAUAUGCGUGCUGCUGGUCGAGACAUAGUACUGCAAGGCUAUCGCAUACCGAAGGGAACGGAUAUCGCCAUGGGCACGGCAGUACUGCAGCGCAGCGAGAAGUACUUCCGCCGAGCUGCAGAAUAUCUGCCCGAACGUUGGCUCUCGGAACGUCCGGCCGAUGUGCCAAGUGCAAAGGACUCGAACCCGUUCAUCUUUCUUCCGUUUGGGUUCGGAGCGCGUAGCUGCAUCGGACGGAGGCUCGCUAUGAUGGAGAUGGAAAUCAUAACUGCCCGUCUGGUGCGACAGUUUGACAUCCGCUGGAACUAUGACAACUUGCGGUUUAAGUCGGCAUUGAUCAACAUUCCCUCGAACCCGUUGCAGUUCGAGAUGAAGGAGGUUGAUCAUUCUGUGGCGUUCUGUAGAAGAGGGCGUAAAACCGUUCCAGUUCGACCUGUGUUUGUGAAGUGUGCAAGUGUAGCUAUGGCUCUUCGCAUCGUGAUUCAACGAUCUUUCAUCCGAAGUCAUCUAAAUUGUUUGAAAAAGUUUCAAAGUACAGCUGCCAGCGCUACGAAAGACUUUGUCGAUCCGGAAUGGGAAGCCGCCAAGCCGUACAAAAGCAUUCCCAGCCCGAAACUGUUUACAUUUGCGAAAGAAUUUAGGGAGGGAGGUCGCUAUUAUGAUCUCACCGGGGCCGAACUGUACGGACGGUGGCGUGAUGAUUAUGGAGAGCUCAUACGCAUCAAUGGGAUGUUUGGCCGUCCGGACAUUGUGCUGACCUUUCGGCCGGAAGACUUUGAGAAGGUAUUCCGGACGGAAGGUGCGUGGCCGAUAAGGCGGGCAUCGGAAACGCUCAGCUACUAUCGGCAGAAGGUGCGUCCGGAAGUGUUUGGUGAGCUGAGUGGCCUCAUUACAACGCAAGGUGAAGAAUGGCAAAGGGUACGUACCAUGGUGAAUCCGGUGAUGAUGCAACCGAAAACCGUCCAGCUGUACGUGGAUCAGGUUGACGCAAUCGCUCGGGAGUUUAUGUCAAUUGUGGCCGGUUUGCGUGAUGAAAAACGUGAACUACCGGCCGACUUCGAUCAGUGGCUUAAUCGUUGGGCUCUGGAGACUGUGGGAGUUCUCGCGUUGGACACGAGACUAGGUGUUCUAAGACCGGAGCAAUCAACGGAAGCCAAGGCCAUCAUUGCGCUGGUGAGGAAUAUCUUUGACUUGAUAUACAAACUGGAGUUUGAACCUUCGAUUUGGAAGUACUUCAAAACACCCACCUUUAAGCAGCUAAUGAAGGACUUUGAUAACUUAACCAAUCUCAUAAUGACGAAAAUCGAUGAGGCAGUUCAGAAGUUCGAAAAGAACCCAACGGUCGAGGGUAAUCAAAGUGUCCUGGAGAAGCUGCUGAAGGUUAACAAGCAGGUUGGGAUGGUGAUGGCGUUCGAUAUGCUGAUGGCUGGAAUCGAUACGACAUCAUCAAGCACAAUAGGUCUGCUGUACUGUCUCGCGAAGAACCCUGACAAACAGACUCGCCUGCGUGAAGAGCUCAGAGCGAUUCUCCCGUCCAAGGAUUCCCCUUUGAUACCGGACAACAUGCGCAAUCUACCGUACUUGCGGGCAUGCAUUAAGGAAGGUCUGAGACUGUAUCAACCAACGCCGGCAAACGUACGGAAGGUGGGCCACAAUAUCGUUCUUCAAGGAUAUCAAGUACCGAAACAUACGGAAGUUGUGAUGGCCUCUGCAGCUCUCCAACGUGACGCGGCACACUUCCCGCAACCGGAAGCAUUCCUUCCGGAACGAUGGCUACAGGACGGAUCGGAAGCAGGGACUCCCAAUGCAAAGGAGGCACAUCCGUUCAUCUUUCUGCCGUUCGGGUUCGGAGCUAGAAGCUGCAUCGGUAGACGACUCGCGAUGCUGGAGAUGGAGAUCGUUAUUGCACGGUUUGUACGAAGCUUUGAGGUUGGAUGGAACCAUGGAAAGCUGAAAAUGAAGAUGGGGCUGAUCAAUACGCCCGCCGUUCCACUACACUUCGAGUUGAAGGAUGUCACCGACUAG